AUGUUCGAGCAGACGCAAGCCGUGCCAGUGCUGCAGGACCCAGCAGACGGUGCACCACCGGAGCGGCACCACCUCGUGAAUCAAGCAGAGCACCGCCGCCACCUCAUCGGACCGGAGCCAGUGCUCAUCUCCGACGAACGCAGCAGCGACCUGAUCUCGCCGAGGGCGUCGCACUCGGAUACGGAGUCGCGACCGCCACGGACCCUUGACGGCAGAAGCGAAACCGAAGACGACGACACGGCGGACGUCGCAGAAGCCGCGUACGACGCCGGUCAGCUCCUCGGCGUAGGCGAGAUGCGACGGAACCUCGAGCUGGCAGAAUUCGUACAAAGCGCUCUGUCUCACCGCUGGGAGCCCGCGGCACUGCGAGACUGGCAGGCGGAGUCGGGCAUGCUGCUGCGGCGGAUGCUGACGCCGGCGGAGAUCCUCCUUCUGUUGCAAGUCGACAGGACUAUACAACUGCGCUUCCCCGGCUUCAACGUUCCCGUGAACAUCAGGUGCACGAAGUACUGGUCUCCGCCAGACCCGUCGGACCCGCUGCAGACCUUGGGUCCCGUGGAGGAUCUACUCUAUUGGAUGGACGACUUCGGACUCGGAGGGUUCUCCCCCGGCGAAGCGGUGCUGGUGAUGAACGCAUGGCCGAGAGCGACAAGAGACGUGGGCGCAGCUUUGAGCGACCUUCUGGAAGAAUCAGAGAGCGAGUUCUUCUACUCGGCCAGGCCCGCCGCCCGCUUGCCAGGGACCCAACUCGGGCCCGCUCUAGUGAACGUAGUCGUCUUUUUCACCUACAGAGGGCUGGACGGAGCAGGCGCGGAGCCGCCUCGGCCCGUUCAUGUCUACUCCCAAGCAGGGCAUCUCGCAGCCGCUUCAGCUUCAAUCGGAGAGCACACGCAGGGCUUCACGCGGAACCCGUCGCCUUUCAUGUCGACCAUCGACUACUCCAAGUGGGAUCAACUUCAGAGCAGCAGCGACGAGGAGGACUUCGGGAACCCCAUCCCGCCGCAAUCUCCGCGACAGCCGGUGACGAUUGGCUCGUUUGCAGUGGCCGACCCCUGGCGCAAGUGCAGUCCGCAAGUGCGACGCGAAGUGCUCAGGGAGGAGAAAAUUCUCCACAGGUUCGUGCAAGAGCACCCCUGCCCAUCCGAGAAGGUCCUCCGGCGUUGGCUGCGCAGUAUGAGCAGCGCAGAGGAAACAGUGCCCGGAGAGCUGACGUUUGCGUGGGUGAUGAAAGAUAUGGGAUGGCACUCGGAGCACCUGGCGUGGUUCCACUAUCCGUCCUUCAGGGAUCUCUGGCAAGCGGCAGCUUUUCAAACAGCCGAGGCCUUCACAGUCCAGCGCAGCGCGGGCAGCACCCUUUACCAGCGCGGCGGCAAGGGGUGCAUGCAGUUCAACUUCUAUGCACUGCAGCACGCCAUGUGCGGGGAACAUUUCCACACGGACGCGCCGCUACCUGUGUACUCGUACGCUAAACGCCUGGAGCAUGUUUGGGACGGGAUCGGAUCAUGGCGAGCAUAG